GAAGCUACCUGAAAGCAUUUCGACUUUCCCACACCGUGGUGAAUAGUGUAUUUCUGUAAUAUCUUAAAGUUGAACAAAUGAAUUGGCAUUUAAAAGUAAGGGUCGGCUUUAGGCCUAUCUGUUCGUGCUAAAGAUUGAGGCGCUACACAUGUCAUGCACGUGCUACACUUGUAUCAACCUAGUUAUAUUACCUGAAGUUCUCUCUGCUGGGUAGCUAGUAUUUCAAGUUCAUGAAAGAACUAAGAUGAAGAUGGUCCCUGUGUCUGAAGCAAUGAUAUGUAGACCUCCUUGGUCUGAAGUCUUUGAGAAGAACCAACGUUUUUGAAAGGAUGUCAAGAAUGGAACAACUCACCAAGAAAAGGGUCCUUAUUAGCUACAGAAAAGCAUGGGAAGCUCAAGUUCCGUGGGUUAAAGGAGUCAACGACGACCGACAUAAAGCGUUUUGCUCUGUGUGCUGCCGAAAGUUAUUAAUUAGCUAUGGUGGGUUUCGUGACUUAACUCGCCAUGAAAAGACAAACGCGCACAGAAAGGCUGAGCUAUCGAAAGGAGCGAACGAUGCUUGCACAACCAUCGUCACAUCUACCUCUGAGAUUGUUGCUGAAGCUGACUCCACCAUUGAAUCAAGUGGGACUCCCCAGCACACUGUGGAUAAGAAAAUGCACGUGGACAGAACCAGAGAGGAUACGACAACCAAGCAUGUCUUGGUAAGAAGCACUAUGGGGAAGAUAGUGUCAGAAGGGGCAGAAGCUUGCCAAUAUGCCGGAGUCAGCCACUUCCCAUCUCAAGGAGUUCCAGCCAGCAGGUUGAACAAAGUUCAAACAUCGAGGGCCAGAAAUAUCUGCCCACCUCUCAAAGAUCUGUCGUCUUCCUUGCACAUGUGGGUCCCACCUCUGAGGCUACUGUCAGCGUCCAUUUGGCAAGUGGUCCAGCAGCGCCAAGUCCAGUCCUACAACAGGGUGGAGGAGUUUGUUUCUGUUGUUUUGGAGCUGGUGCCUGAUCUGCUGAGCACUGAGGAAAAGAUUGAACUGCUUAUCGGCCUGAGAACAAAGUUUGCUUUAGAUUCAUGCCAUCAUGCACCAUUCAUCACAGUCAAGAUGAUGCUCCCACACCUGAAUAGAGUCUCCAGGAUUGCUGAAAUCGCUUCCAGUGAAGGGGAUAUGGGCCAGACAGUAGAUGCUGCUGUCAAGGAAUUCAAGGAACUCAUGCAGGGCCUUCUGAAGAGUCCUGCAUACAGGAGAGAUUUCUUCCAGGAAAUCUAUCCAUUGCGCUAUGGUCCAAGCUAUGACGCAGCCCUGCAGUUGCUGGUGUGGGAAUUCCUCUCUCGACUGGAAGUGUUGCUACCAGUGCCAAGCUUCCAUCAGGCAGCGUCUUUGUUUGACGAGGACCCUUUGCUCUUGGAGGAAUUUCUGCAAAUGGGUGACGAUCUACAGCCCAUUCAGGAGUUGUUGCUUCACAAGAGACAUUUUAUGUUUCUGCUGUCAGUCCUUACUACCUCUGAGCAAUCAGACAAAUGUCUCUCAGCGCCCCAUGAACCCCACAGUUCCCAGAACAGGCCAGACAUGUUUGGAGUCUCAAUCGAUGAGGACUGCAGUGCAGAUGUGGUCGAAGGAGAUUCAGAGGGACAGAGUGACACCAGUCAACACGACCAACAGGAGGAGGAGGAGGAGGAGGAACAUUCACAACGAAACACGGAUGAAGAAGCAAGUGGCUCAAGUCAACAUGACCAACAGGGUCACAUGCAAAUAAGCAGUCAGAGGACAUUGAAUGAGGAAAAACAGAAAGAGAUUAAUGGCUGCAUAAAUACUGGUGAGAGGACGGGGAAAAUCCAGAAUGAGGGAAAGGACCCACCAGACACAAAAGUAUCCGCUGUGAUUCUGGACAAUGAUGUUGGUCUGUCUUUGCCCAGAAAACAUGACAAAGUCUCUUUAAAAGUAGACCUGGAGAAAAACACAAAUUACCACACCAAGGAGAAUCAUGUAGAGGUUAAGAUGUCUGCUAAUGGACCAUCUCAUCCUUGCUCCAUAUGUGACAAGACUUUCACCAGAAAACAUGAUCUUGAAAGGCAUCACAGAAUUCAUACAGGGGAGAAACCUUAUGUGUGCUCUCACUGCGGCCAGAGGUUUCGACUAAAGAGUUCAUUGACCAAACACGUGAGCACCCAUACAGCAGAAUGGCCAUUUGAAUGCUCAAGCUGUGGGAAGAAGUUCAUCAGGAAUUCACAGUUGGUACACCAUUUGAAAUUGCACUGGGACUGCAUGAUUGAUUGUGAGAGGAUGGUUAAUAACAGGAGUGAGGAAAGCAAGCCCCCGUCUACAGAAGGUUCGCGGUCAUCCACACAACAAGCCACCUUGCAAAAGGAGCCAUCCCACUCAAACAAGCAAGUUGCAAAGAACUCCCGGAAGUACCCAUGCCUGGAAUGUGACAAAGUGUACAUGUCUUCAUCUAGUCUUAAGAGCCAUCAAACAAUUCACACAGGGUUGAGGCCUCAUGCAUGCCCCCAGUGUGGCAAGACCUUUCGACAUAAAUCUGGGUUGACCAUACACCUCAACAUCCAUACAGGAAAUCGACCAUUUGAAUGCUCAAGCUGCAGGAAGAAGUUCUUUCGGGAUUCAGAUUUAGUAGAACAUCUGGUACGGCAUACUGACUGCAUGAUUGGUUUAGAGAGGAUGAUUAAUGACAGGAGUGAGGACAAAGACCUCCCGUCCACAGAGCGAUCUCGGUUAUCCACACUACAAGGCACCUUGCACAAGGCCCACAAGGCUCCAAAGUACCCAUGCGCCAUCUGUGGGAAAGUCUUCUUUCGUCCGUUUGAUCAUGCAGAGCAUCAGAAAAUACACACAGGGGAGAGACCUCACCCGUGCUCUUACUGUGGAAGGACGUUUAGAACAAAAACUAUUUUGGGAAUGCAUAUACGAACCCACACUGGGCACCGUCCCCAUAAAUGCUCAGUGUGUGAAAAGCGUUUCUCCCAGCAGUCACAGUUAAUUGUUCAUAAUCGACUACACACUGGGGAGAGACCCUACUUGUGUUCUUUCUGUGGGAAAGAUUUUUACCAUUUGGGCCAUUUAUACAGCCACACAAGAACUCAUACUGGAGAGCAUUUUCACCACUGUGAAUUUUGUAACAAAACCUUUAAUAACUCUAGCACACUGAAGGUUCACAGGAGGGUCCACACAAAAGAGAAGCCUUUCUUAUGCAGUCUUUGUACAAAGAGUUUCCCCUCUAAUACUGGACUGAGGAGACAUAUGCGAACACAUACAGGAGAAAAACCCCAUACAUGUUUAAAGUGUGGGAAGAAAUUCUCAGAGACGGGCAAUUUGAAGGUCCAUCAACGUGUGCAUAGGUAAUACUUAAUUUGGCUGUAUAAUGUGAUUUCAAUCUUGAUGACAAUAAUGAAGCAAAAAAUAAACAGCACUUACAAAAAUUA